GCGGGGGACAAGAUGGCGGCGGCGGCGGCGGCUGCCCUGAAGUGGAGGCGGGUCUCCUCUUUCACGGGCCCGGUGCCCAGAGCCCGCCACGGACACCGCGCCGUGGCCAUCCGGGAGCUGGUCAUCAUCUUCGGGGGCGGCAACGAGGGCAUCGCCGACGAGCUCCACGUCUACAACACCGCUACAAAUCAGUGGUUUCUUCCUGCUGUUCGAGGAGAUAUCCCACCAGGCUGUGCAGCUCAUGGAUUUGUCUGUGAUGGUACCAGAAUACUAGUAUUUGGAGGAAUGGUUGAAUAUGGAAGAUACAGUAAUGACUUAUAUGAAUUACAGGCAAGUCGAUGGCUAUGGAAGAAAAUGAAACCCCAGCAUCCAUCAACAGGCCUGCCUCCUUGCCCUCGCCUUGGCCACAGCUUUUCGCUGUAUGGUAACAAGUGUUACUUAUUUGGAGGAUUGGCAAAUGAGAGUGAAGACUCAAAUAACAACAUUCCCAGAUAUUUAAAUGAUUUCUAUGAGUUGGAGUUACAGCAUGGUUCAGGAGUUAUGGGCUGGAACAUUCCAGUAAUGAAAGGCGUUCUGCCUUCACCCCGAGAAUCUCAUACAGCCAUUAUAUACAGUAGGAAAGACUCUGGAAAUGCAAAGAUGUUUAUUUUUGGAGGGAUGUCUGGCUGUCGACUUAAUGACCUUUGGGAGCUUGACAUAGAAUCAAUGACUUGGUCGAAAUCAGAAACAAAAGGGACAGUGCCACUUCCUCGUAGUCUCCAUACAGCCAGUGUAAUAGGAAACAAAAUGUACAUUUUUGGUGGAUGGGUUCCACAGAGCACAGAUGAGAACCUAUCCUCUCAAGAUGGAGAAUGGAAAUGUACUGGCUCAUUUUCUUAUCUAAAUUUGGAUACUAUGGAUUGGAUAAAUCUAAUCUCAGAUUGUCAAGAAGACAAAAAUAACUUGUUGCCUGGCCCAAGAGCUGGUCAUUGUGCUGUCAUAGUUGGCACUCGCUUGUAUAUAUGGAGUGGCAGAGAUGGUUACAGGAAAGCUUGGAACAAUCAAGUUUGUUGCAAAGAUCUUUGGUAUCUUGAUACUGAGAAACCACCAGCACCAUCACAGGUACAGCUAAUCAGAGCUACUACUAAUUCAUUUCAAGUUAAAUGGGAUGAAGUACCUACUGUGGAAGAGUAUCUUCUUCAGCUAAAUUUGGAUAUCCAAACACCUGCUGUGGCUGAAAUACCUAUUACUGUGGUACCUGAAGCAUCUUCACCAAGUGCACAAGGAAUCAAGCUGGAUCUUCACAGUCAAACUCUCAAUAAAGCUCCAAACAAUGUGCAAAUUUCCAUUUUGGAGACUAAAGGAAAGGUUCCAGAACCUGACCAUGCAAAGAAAAAACAUUCCAUUUCCAAAGAGCCCAGCACCCCUUUAAGUUUGCCUGGUAGCACUUUAGGUCCACAGAUCUCAGCCAGUAUAAAUGAAUUACUUGACUUUGACUCAAGAAUUUCAAAACUGGACACUUCUGUAUCCAGUAUUAUCUCUACUGCAAAAAAUAUGACAUCCCAACAGGCUGUUAAAACAGAGUCAUCAAGUACAAAUGGGGCAGUUUUGAAAGAUGAAACUUCAUUAACAGCAGUCAUUUCAAAACCUGAAGCUAAAGAGACUGCUGUGCCCUCAACAACUUCUGUUAGCUCACAUGAUUCAGCUAUACAGUCGCCUAAAACUUCACCACCAAAGCAGAAUAGAAGAGUGAGAACACAAGAAAGAAAGUGGUAUGAUGUUGGCAUUUUUCAAAGCAACAGUGCUUUAGUAAACCAAUUCUAUUUGCUAUCAGAAGAAAAGGCCAUAAUUUCUGGCAAGGUAGACAAUGUAGAUGUUCCAAAUGACACUUUACUUAAGAAACAGGAUCUUGCUCCUGGCACUUUAUACAGGUUCCGAGUUGCUGCCAUUAAUGGCUGUGGUGUAGGGCCAUUCAGUAAAAUCAGUGAAUUUAAGACCUGCAUCCCUGGAUUUCCUGGAGCACCUUCCAUUGUCAAAAUUAGCAAGAGUGCUGAUUGUAUUCACCUUUCAUGGGAGCCUCCUGUUUCACCUUCAGGAAAUAUCUUGGAAUAUUCAGCCUACCUGGCUAUAAGAACCACCCAGCUCCAUGAGAAUCCUAGCCAGCUUAUGUUUAUGAAAAUCUAUUGUGGCCUUAAGACCUCAUGUACAGUGACUGCUGCACAGCUUGCAAAUGCCCAUGUUGAUCACACAUCCAAACCUGCCAUUGUGUUCCGGAUCUCAGCCAAGAAUGAGAGGGGAUAUGGACCAGCCACGCAAGUUCGGUGGCUCCAAGAAAUGAAAACAUCAGGUUCAAAAUAGAAGUGGCAUAUUAUUACAGCAAGUUGUGGAGUAGCAGUUACAACUCAUAAUAUCAUGUAAAUCUUCCAGACAUUUCAUUUUACAAUGUCUUAACUUCACAGCAUCAGUGCCAUACAGACAUGCAGAACUGGGCCCACAUUGACUGUACUUUUUAUACUACAUUAUGCAGUGUGGUCUUUUUGGAGGCCCUGGCUCAUGUCGAGAGGGUUAUGUAUAUAUCUGAAUUUUUGGAGAGUCUUCCUUCCAGUAGCUCCCAAUACAUAGCCCCCAGCCACCAAUGCAUUAGCUUCCAACUCAUAGGAAUGAGCCAUAGCUCAGUGAACACAUGCUUUGUGCACAAAGACCUCAGGUUCAAUCCCUGGUAUAUUUUCACUUAGGACCUGACGACCCUGCACAAAAUGUUGGAGAGUUACUAAUUAUCAGAGCAGACAACAUUUAGCUUGAUAAUGUUUUGGCUCAUUAUAAAGCUUAUUGUGUUCCUAGAGUAGAUAGAUGCUCAGUUGCAUUUUAAACUUCACUAAAUUAAAAAAAGGAAAGAUGGUAAUUUGGAAUGAAAAAUGUUGGAAGAAAACCCAGGUAUGGUGGGAUGGAAUAACCCAUAUAAGGUUGCGUUGAUUUUCUCCUUAAACUGUUUUCACCAAAAAACAGAGAGAGCUAGGUCAACAACCACUUGAGAAGGUGUUGAAAGAAAGCGUUCCCAAGAAUGAUAGUUAUUUUCACCCCAGUGGGGAUUAUGGUUCAUGGAACUAUUGCAGAGCAAAUUGUUUGAAUACUGCAGCAAGCCGGAAAUGCUGAAUGUAAAAUUAUUUGGCUUCAAAAGCCACACUAAUUGCCUUUUUAUCUUUCUUGCUGGUCGAUCUGAUCAUAAUUUACAACUGUAUUUAUUUCAGAUCAAUAUGAUUUAUAUCCUUUGCCCCCUAUGCCCAGCUUAUUAUAGUGACAUAAGGUUGUUUCCAAUGUACAGCUUGCCACCAUGGGUUUCCAUUCCAAAUCUCCCACAACAGAAAACUGGAAAAAUCCAGAAGUAUUUAUGUUUGUAUUUACAAAAGUAUAUAUCCAUAGAUCUGAAAAGGUGUGGUGACAAAGUGAAUAAUUCUUGGAAUACUGUUUUCUAGAAAACCAUAUCAAAUUUCACCCGUGUUUUCAGAUAUAUUGGUGGGAGUAAUAUGUAGCAAGUAAAAAACAUUAUAUAGGCAAACUCUCUGAAUAACAGCAUUGGUUUCUGCACUGACAGCAGGUCCUGUGCUUUAUUGCACUGAUUAUUUUAUCUAAACAGGAAUUAAAAAAUGACAGUUACUUAAAAUGAUGGUUAGUUAAGAGAUCAGUAAUGUCUUUCACAGAAAGAUUCUGUUUUCAGUCACCGUUUUGGAAACCAGGGUCAGCCUGUUGUGUGUCUCCACUUGAGAUGCCAUUCCUGUACACACUGAGCUAAAUUUGAUUGAACUCAGUGGGAAUUACUUCUGAGCAAACAUGCACAGGAUUCUACAACCAGGGUCUUUUUAGAUUAGAGCUAGGAAACAUGUGACCCUACAAUGCUAGACAGCAAGCCUCAGAAGGCGGAACAAACAUAGCCAGUGGCAAGUGAUGCUGGCAGUACUGAGGGUAACAUGCUUCCCACCCUUGCUUUACAAUGGAUGUGAUGCCAGAGGCAAGUCUUCCAACAAACUCUGAGUCAGAUAUGGUGACAUCACAUGGGAAACAGAUACAGGUCUGAAGAUGCACUAAAUGCAGUCUGAAAGAUCAUAAAUGUGUAGAUAUUGCUCAUUCCAGUCUUGCUCUAUAUGUAGCUUUGUUAUUCUUCUGGCUUGUAUUUCAUAUUCAUGCUAUUGGAAGUCAAAUAUUUUCAUUUAUAGUAACUUAAAAUGUAUAGAAUAUUUUAAUAUAUUCAUUUUUGUAAAGAUUUUUCUAGUGUUUUUAAACACAUAUUAUAACCUUUGAAAAUAUCCCAAUGAUAUGCAAGUUGUUAAAUUAGGCACUUCUGUUAUGAAAAGCAAACUCAGUAUAAAUGCACUGCUAUUGGUUUCUCAUGGGCAUAGAAGUGCUAAAUUUGUAGAUAUUUUGAACGUUUACAAGAGUUUUACAUGUUAAAGUCCUCCUUAAUGAGUGCUUCAUUUGGAAAAAUGGAAAAGAAAACUGUAUGCUUUGUUUUGGUAUAUUCAUGCUAUUUUGCACUAAACAUGAAUUUAACUUUGUAACAUCUUGUGUUACUUCCAGAAAUUAUGUUUUGGUCUAAAAGUUAAAGCAGAUUUGCACAUAUUUGCAUGUUUCUAUGGGAUACAUUUUCUUUUUUCAUGAGUUUUCUUAGUGGCUGUUUUUGGCCUUACUUUCAUAUCCUAAUAAUGGGGUUUAAUAUUAAUCAUCUUAUCACUAAUGUGCCAGCUGCUUCAACCCCCUUCACAUUUUGCCUGCUUUGGUGUAGAAUGAAAACUGUUUGCACACAGCAGAAUAGACACCUGGUUGGUAUUCACAGGUGGCAAUGUAAAUCUUUAUCCUACACCUUUUGUAGCAAAAACGUUGCGUGGGAAGCAGCUUUUCAAUAGGAAUGUUAAUCUGUUCCUAACCACACAAGUGUACUAACUAGAGGCAUUUGGAUGCCAUUGUAAAAAAAUAAUUGUUUACCAAAAUACAGUGUAAAAUGUCUGAAUUAUGCCAGUAUACUAGAUUAAUAUAGCAUAAAGGGACAAUCCUGCAGGAACACUUUGUUAGAAAUGGCAGUGCUACUUACAUUCAUUUGAAUGGGCUCUUGGGCAGGUUCCUGUGGACUUUACCCUUUCCUAUCUAAAUAAGAUUUUAAAAAUGUUUGUUUUAUAUUGAAACCUGGUUAGAUGCGUAUGUGCAAUAAAGUGACUAUUUUGCACUUCAUUUUUCCAUCAAUGCCUAAAGUAAGAUGGGAAUCAUUUGAUCUACAAGAUCAGUUUUAAAGUGGAUUAUAGUAAUGCUAGUGCUUUACAAUCAUUUCUUCAUACUUGCAAAUUUCUUGGGGGAAGGCCACUUGUAGUCCCAUUUUUCAGGCAGGAAAAGUAAUGCUGAGAGAAAGUGACUUGCUGAAAGUCACACAGUAAGGUCUGUUUUUAAAUAACGUAAGUUUUCAGUUGAGAUCCUUCAGCUUCAACCUUAGAAAUGAUUAAUACAGUGAGAAAUACUCAGUCAAAAGACCAUGAAGAGAUUCAGUGCAUCAAAAAAUAAAUUGUGGCCACUCCUCUCCCAACAGUAGAACACCAGUAUUACACUGGUCUUGCUGAUGCAGCUUUAAAUACUGCAGCACAAUCUAUAAUGCCAUGAAAGAAAAAGCAGGAAAUGUCUGUAAAGCCUUCUGGAAUUGAUAAGAAACUAAGUAGCACUUUCCAUUGGCUAUUCCUCAAGAACGGAAAAAGUUGCAUCAAUUUUGUGUGGCAGUGGCUUCAGUUGUAUGUAACUACAUGAAUUUGGCAUAUUAAGCCAAAUAUGCCAAGCUGUUGUUGUCAUUGCACACUCAGUUAAAUGAGUUAUGCAUCCAGUUCAUAAUAGGCAUUUCACUUCACAUAUUAAACUUUUUCUGAGAUGAAUUUUCAAAAACCUAUUGGAAAAGGAGUAUCAGUUAUAUUGCCUAUCUAAUGAUGACUAAUGACAUGCAUAUGUAAGUCCCUUUUUGUUACAGGGUACAGAGAGCUAUUCUAUCACCCUUGUCCUUCAGCCCCAAACCUCCCAUGCCUGGUAGCCUUCAAGCGCUGAGAAAGGUUGCUGGUGCUCCUUGCCAGAAGGAAGGGGACAGAGGGGGAAGACAAUUCAGACCAUGAAGAUUCAGCUUCUCUGAGCUCUUGGGGAAAGAAAAAGGUGAAUGCACUCCAUUUGAGAACAUGCCUUCAUUCCCCCCCCCCAAACUGAGCUGAGACCAGCUGUUUCUGUGUGGUCUGAAUUACCUUCCCCUCCCCACUGCAACAAAAGCAGCCAGGUCCCCAGUGGGGCUUGAGAGCUGUUGAGUGGUAGGAGGACAUGGAACUGCAUGUGUGGAGUUACAUGUCUUGGCCAUUGUAUCUAGGUUUUGGUUCUGACAACGUGCACAGACUGAAAUUAAGAUUCAUUUGUUCACCUUGACAGAUACCCUUUCUAAUGGAUUUUGUGUAACACCCAUGUCAGAAAACAACAUUUGGAACAGUUGCAAUAUUCUGAUUGUUCUUAGCAAUUAAAACCACACAAUCAGAGGUGAGCAAAGUACAGCUCUUCCUGAACAGCAGCUCCCAGCUGCCCUUGCCAGCAUAGCCAAUGGUGACAAAUACUAAGCGUUACAGUCUGACAGCAUCUGGAACGCCACACCAUUCCCAUCCCUGUUUUCAGUGAAUACUGAAUUUAGUGAAAUUUGAUUAGCCUUCCAAUGGCUGUGGCUGGCUGAGGAUGGUGGGGAGUUGAGCUUCAACACACUAAGAAGGUAACCAGUUGGGAAAGACUGCCUUAGAUUGUUCUAACUAGUACUGUGAAAAAUUUUGGAAACGUAUGCAGUCAUAGUCUUCAAAGACAGAGCCUUUCUUGAGAAGGUACACAGAUUGCCAAGAAUGUGUAGUUUCUUCCCUCACUUGUCAUAGACAAGCAGUGUGCUUCCCUCCACUCUAUUCUCCCCAUACACUACUUCCAAUUCUGGAUUGGAUCCAGAUCUGCCAGUGACCAUGGAGUGAAAAUUUAUACCUUUAUAAAUUAGGGGAGGCUCAAAAGAGUUGUGAGAUUUUUAAAAAAACUUUUUGUUAGGAAGGGAUGCUGUGACAGAAUGUUAGAAUUUUGUUGUGUGGCUUCUUAGCUACUAAUAACUUUUGAUUGUAUAUACAGUACUUAACAAUAUGAUCUGUUGAAUAUAUCUGUAUUUUUGCACUUUGAGUUCAUAUAUUUCUGCACUUGUUUUUAAAAGUAUGUCAUGACUACCAAAGGUGAAUUUAUGGUAGUGUUCAUCCAGACAUGAUUUUCAGUGUCAAUGUGCUCAUGCCCAUAGGCUAUUACAUAAUUUGUCAUAUGUCUUGUUCCCUCCUAUAGCCAACAAUUAGUACCAUGUAUACCGGUUUUCUGUUGUUGCCUCUCCCCAUUUUUAUAUUGUAUAACUAUUUUUGUGGCCUGCUUCUCUCAAUAGCACUUAAAAUAUAUAAAUCUCAAUUCAGAGUUUAUAUUUGAAACCUAUUUUAUUUAGUCUCUAAUCAAUAUAUUUGUCAUCUGACCCACUGUAAGUUCAUUUAAAAUAUAAAUUUGGCUAUAUGAGAAUCUAGUAAAAGCUCUUGUUGUUUGCUUUUGUAAAAUAUGUGUAACAUCUUGUAUAAAUCUGAAUCCACCCUGUAGUAAUUUCAAGGAAUAAUAGACUUAGUAUGAAAAUUAUAAAUAGAAAAUGUCUAUGUAGUUUAUGACAUACUCCAUCACUUUAACUGAAAAUGUUUUGUGACUAUGGGCAUCUAGCUAUGUGAAUAAGAAACUGGCCAAAUUCAGAUAAUGAAGUCACAGUUUGAAAGCCAAUGUGAAAGACCAUUUUGGCCUUGCUCAAAAGUGAUUUUGCUCCUAUCUUUGUGAGGUAAGCAUACCAGGAAGCCAGCACUUAAGUAAUGUCUCUUGUUUCAGGAAACAGUGGCCUAUAUCCAACUCUCUAGUCCAAGUAGAAUAUGCACACUGAAACAAUGGGACUUGAGUUAAUGCUUAAGUUUCAGUGAUUCAGUGGCCCAUAUUAGUCAGGACUAAUAUUUGGAUAUAUGAACAUGGUUAGAAAAGCCAGUCUGUUAAGCCAUGUGUUGAAUUUGGUUUAGUUUGAAACUGUGAAUAACUGGAAUUUUCUGUGAUGAUGACUGGGGUAGCAAAGAUGCAAAAUGCUAAUUCAUAUUUUGGCUUAUUAAGCUGAGACACAAUCAUCUGAACACAGCCAUUUUUGUGUAUGAUUUAUAGCAAUAUUUGAACAUAGUUUUGAAGUAGAGCACAUUGGUAAGCCAUUGACUAACAAAAACUGGAAUGUAGAGAUAGGUAAAUCCAGAUCAUUAUUGUUUUACGACCUGUGACUGAAGUGAUCUCUACAAAGAAAUCCAAUAUUUUGUACAAAAUAAAAGUAGCAUUGUUUGUAAUAAUAAAGUGAUUUGUCCUACUAA